AUGACUUCCCAAAACACCGACAAGGCGACUCUCCAGAAGCUCUUUCCCACCCCGCCGCCGCCGCCGCCUUCAGCUCAGUCCCCCGCACGGUUCCCCGGAGUCACCCCCGAGUCAACGGCAACGCUGCUGAGAACUCUUGAGGAGAACCAUGUCAAGUGGCACGUUUUCUUCAACUCCAAAGGUUUUCACAACCAUAACUCUCACCAGCUCCUCGCCGUUUACCAGCUCGGAGCGAAUGGCGCCGUGAUCGAAGCCGCGUACGGCAACCACGCUUCUUACAUGCGCGAGGCUGUGGAAUCCCCGGAGCCCAUCACUAAGCAGAACUUCUGCAAGCACCUUGGCGAUGAGAACUUCUACGCCGCUUACCUGAAGUUCUUCCAAAAGGAGCUCAUCAAAAACGGCCCCGCCGUCGUUCUCGAGGAGUACAUCUUCUCGCCCCAGGCGAACAUCGAACCACCGGAGGCGGGCAAGGAGCCUAUGCAGAUGGUCAACCGGUUCCAUUCGGGCCUCCUGCACCCGAUGAUCCACACGGGUUACGGGGCCGAGUUCGGGCUGCCCGGAAUGUUCGCAGAAGGACUGGCUCAGACUGCAGUGCAUGGGUUGACAGCGGCAGCGCUGACCCCUCCUUCCAUCCUGAAAUAUGCUCAAGCAGCAGCCACCGACCUCGGCUCCGCAACCGUGUCGCGCCUCACCUCGCUCAUCCCUUCUCUCUUCCUCAACCAGUUCCAGGCUGCUGCGGGCCCUCAGAAGCCGACGAAGGGUGUCCACGCACUCACCCUCCUAGGUCGCGUGCUCAACGACGAUUACUACUCAUGGAAGACUAUCGCGCUCCCUCCUCCGAAGGACAGCGAAGACGACAGCUCGCUCGAGCGGGUUCUCCACCUUCGUGGCGAGGCUCUUGCGAAGCUCGUGGACGAAUGGACGGUCGACGGGACCAACGCGCAUGAGGUCCACAACAAGAUCGAGGAGAUCUUCUGGAUGAACGCGACCAUCUUCGGUGUCGGGGGCUGGUGGGGCCGCCACAAGUCCAAGACGGGCAAGUUCAACGGCGACUUCCUCUUGUUGCACCUCGUCACCUCCUCCCUCUUCCUCCCCUCCCUCGUCGCCUACCUCUCCCCGCAGGCGACGACGAUCCUCCUCCGCACCCACCUCCUCAACUCCCUCGCGAUGUAUGUCGCCCGCGGCCGCCCGCAGCUCCCAAUCGCCGACUUCAUGUCCUCCGUCACCACGACGCCCGCCGCGCCCUCCAUCGCGCCGACGCCCGCCGCGUGCGCCCCGGGCACGCUCGCGCCCGACGACCGCGCGCCGAACCCGUGGCUCGCGCUGCUGCAGAGCACGGUGGCGCACAAGGACGACCACCUCUGCAAGCUGCAGCGCACGCUCGCGCACUACGCCGCGCUGUACGGCGCCGCGCGCCCGGGGCACGUCGCCGCCGCGACGGAGCUCGCGGGCGCGGACGCGCUCGACGGGACGCUCUUCGUGCGCGUCGCGGAGCUCGCGAUGGACCGGAUCGGGUGGAUGCGGGAGGGGGAGGAGAUGCGGGAGUGGGACUUUGACGCGUUCUACCACGACUGA